AAAAGAGUCCAAUUAUUUAUCCCACAGGGGUUAUAUUCCAACGGUGAUGAUUGCGGGUUUAGCAAUGGCAAGACCAACCAGUAGCGGCGGCGGCAGCAGCAGCAGCGAAGAAGACGGGGACGCCGAGUGGAAAGCUGCCAUUCAAUCUAUAGCCGCAACCACUACCGCCACUUUCACUGCUAACGGUUCCAACAGCUCCACUGUAACAAUACAAACAACAAGAAACAACCUCGUUUCAAAUUCAACCCCAGAUACAGAUGAUUAUGUUGAUAAAGCUGAUGAAAUAGAUCAGAGAAAGCACCCCCAGAAGCUUAAAAACUACCAACUCAAGGCACAAAAGCUUUUGGAUAACAUGUUAGAGAAGCACUUAGUGAUAGUGAAGGAUGCCUGUAAUGUCUCAGAUGCUGAUAGCGUGGUAAAUGAAAGUGGAGUUCGUUUAUUUAAAAAUUCUACUCCUGGGAUAGUAUUUGACCACGUAGAUGAAAUUCAAGGACCCCGAAAGAAACCAAAACUUCUUCCCAGAAGAGGGAUUGAUGAGAACUCGAAAGAGUUCAGACGACAACUACGGUCCAUAGCUGUUGAUGGAAAAGAUAUAUUGGCUGCAGCAAGAGAUGCAAGCCAGAGAUCGUUAGCUAGAUUAGAAGCUAAAGAAGCAACAGCCAAAGAAAGAGCCAAGAGAGAGGAAGCCAGGAUCGCGGAACUGAAAAGGAUUAAGGGAGAGAGGUGGCUACCUUCAAUGGCUAGAGAGAUGCAGUUAAGCAAAAGAUCUGGGCAACAAUUAUAGGCCAAACAUUUGAAGCUGUUUAGAUGGUUGUUUUUCCUUGAUGAAUGAUGAUCAUAAUUGAUUCAUGAGCAUGCAUGGCAAUGCCUCCCCUUCUUUAUUUAUUUAUUUUUCUCUUGAGCUGAUGCUAGAUAUCACUUUCCUUGUAAGUUACAUGUAACUUUUACAUGCUCUGUAAUAGUGUCUUUUUGUUUGGGUAUAACUAAGGUAUUUUCCUUGUCCGUGAA